AUGGAUGCAGCAGCUGCAACCAUGUGGUGCAUAGACGAAGGUGUUCCUGUAGCGAAAGGCUUAGUGAUUGAAGUGCGGGGAGAAGCUUGGGAUGAAGAGGAAGUACUCUUAAUCAUGGAAACUUUGUCCCCAAGCCAGAAGCUCUGGGUGAUGAACUCAAGAGUGGAUGAUACCAACCCUCACACCUAUGCUCUAUAUAAAUGGGCAGAUAGAGUUCCAGACUGUUUAAAGAAACCUAGUGUGAAGACCACCAAUGGCACAGAACCUUUUCUGAUACAACCAGAGCAAGACUCAGCUGUCCCUUCCUAUUCUAGUGCAAUUCCUCUUACUUCUCCUAGUACUCCGGCACCCAUGGGAGCCCCAGGGAAAACAGUGAAGGGGGCUGCCAAAACCCCACUCAAGGACAUAAACCCAGAGUUAUGUGCGGUCCUGGAGGAGAUCGUAGCCCAGUGCAAGAAGGAUCCUCCAGAUUGCUUGAUCACAAGAUAUAGAAAACUCAGAGCUUUCUCCGGGAGAUACCCUGUGCCGUCUUCAGAAGACGGGUUUGAAGAAUGGAUGGAUCAGGUUACCCAAGCUCUGAAAGAGUGGGGAAUCCCAGAGAACAAUAAGAAGCAGAGGAUCAUGGAAAGCCUCCGAGGACCAGCCCUAGAGGCUAUACGCAACCUCAAGCUUAGUAAAGACAAUUGCACUGCCCAAGAUUAUCUAGAAGUCCUACAGAAUGUGUUCGGGAGGAUUGAAGACAUCAGUGAGCUCCGCUGCCAAUUAGAACACUGCUUCCAAAAGAAGGGAGAAAAACUCUCUGAAUUUGUCAGCCGCCUGGAUAAGAUCCUGCACCGGAUGUUGUUAAAAAAAGGGAUAGAUCCAAAAGCAAUGGAUAAAACACGUUUCCAACAAGUGGUAAAGGGAGCCCAGCCCAUGGACCCCAUUGUCUUUCAGCUGCGAACUCAAAAGGGAAACGGAGUGUUGAAGUAUCCUGAUCUGAUCCGGAUCAUUCGACAGGAGGAAGACCUCCAAGAUCAAAAGAACAAAUACCAAGCCACAGAAGCCCCUGCACGAGUGUGUGUCGUGGCCACUGAAGACAGUAACCCCCAGGUUGAGUUCUUAAAGACACAAGUGUCUCAGUUGACAGAAACGGUAGCUGCUCUAUCCGGUCAAGCGGAGUUUUCCCCGUACCAACCCAGAAGGGAUAGAACCGAAAAGCCCGCCUAUGGGCCUUACAACCAGCAUAAUAAACCAAGAAGGCUUACUUUCUGUCUCAACUGUGGAGGGGUAGGGCACACCAGAGAAGUUUGCCCCAGCCUGGCCAAUACCUACAAACCAGUGUAUCAGCCGGCGGAAAACUUCAGAGGGCCCCGGUGA